AAUCUUCGAUCUUCAAUCUCAAUCUUCAAUGCGUAGUCUGAUACGGGCUUUACGGUUGCUAGACGAGGAUCUCAAGAUGCAAGGGGGGCGCGAUAGGCGUUGACUCUCGGAAAUCGGCCGAAAUGUGCAGAUCGUGGCAUGCACUGGUCUAUGGUAUUGCUCAACCAGUCAUAAAAGAAGAAGAAGACCUUAAAGAAUACAUUAACCUCAAUUGAUCAUAAAUCGAGAAUUACCGAAAAAUAACUACUCGGUUGACAGUACGUUAAAUACCCUCUUAUAAAAAAAAAAUAAUAAAUAAAUCGAGAAUUAAUUUGUAACUUUCUAAGUGGUGUUAUAAUCGGUGUAAUAAGCGGUUAUUUUAUGAGUAACGUUGGAACGAUGUCAGCGACUAAAGAAAAACAGAAAAUUAAGAAGAUGAGGCGCAGAUACAGCUAGCUAUAAUAAAAAAAAAGCAAUGUGAUGCGAAAGCUCUUGCAAUAGUCGAGCAGCUCUUGGAACCAAAUGUAAAUUCUGAGUGGCUGCUUCAAAAUUUAAGGUUUAUAAGUAAAAGUCAUAUGGAAGAUGUUAUAGAAGAGAGAGCGAUAAUAAAAUUGUGUGGAUAUGUUCUUUGUUCAAAACCAUUGACUGUCAUUAUCCGACAACAGUAUCAUAUAUCGACACAUAGAAACAAGGUAUAUGAUAUUAGCAGACGGAAAAAUUUUUGUAGUUUAUCAUGCUAUGGGGCAGCCAAUUAUCUUCUCGAACAAAUGCUGGAGAGUCCACUAUGGUUGAGGGAAAUAGAUGAAAUACCAAUUUUUCAAAUAUUGCCUAAUAAUCCUAAGCCUAAGCAAUAUAUACCCGGAGAUGAAAUAAAUAUUGGUGAGAUUAAUCUGCCACAAAAUAUAAAUGCUGACAAUACUGAUGACAACAAAGAAUCUACAAAACAUAGCAGUGGCCAACAAACAAUAGAAGACAUAUCAUCAAGCCCCGGGAAGAAAAACAUAUGUAGCUCUCAUUUAUCGAACGAUAUAAUUAAUGAUAAUAAUAUAAAAACAAAAGAGAUUCCUAUAAAUAGUAAUUCACAAAAGUUUGAAUAUUCAUUAAAUCUAUAUAUGAAUCAAGAGAAGAAAGAUCAUAAUCAUUCUGAAGAAUCUAUAGAUUGUAAAAGCAACUAUACCAAUAUCCUCAAAGUAAAUUUAGAUUCGCAGAAUUUAGAAAUAAAAGUUGCUGAGCAAUCUGAAAGUAAUCUACACUUGCAUGAAUAUAAUCGCAGAGAUGCAGAAAACAAAAAUGUACAUGUUUCAUGCCCUAGCAAUGAUAGCAAAACAUUACAAUCUCAAUUAGACGAAAUAAUUAACGAAAACGAUUGUAAUAAAAUGUUACAACCUUUGAAUGAAAUAAGUAAUGACAUAAAAAAUACAAAUGAUAAAUUACAAUUACAAUCAAGUAAAAUGAGUAAUGAAAAUAAUGAAAAAUUACAGCCUCAAUUAGAUGAAACAAAUAAUAGUGAGAAUGAUGAUAGAAAAAUGGCACAGCCCCAAUUGGAUGAAAUAUGUAACAAUAAUAUUACAAUUUCUUCUAAAUCUUGCAAUGAACAUAGGAAAAAGAGAGAUGCAAAUAGAAUUAAUAAAAAUAAGAAAUAUAAACAAAAGGAAUCUUACAAUGCAAAAAUACAAGCUAAUAUUUAUCACAAACUUAUAAUACAUGUUGAACAAAGUGUUAAAGAAUGGGUUACAGAAAAUACACUUUCCCUUUUAAUGGGUGAGAUGGAUGAGAAACGCCAGUUAUUAGAAAGUCUUAUGCACCAUGAUAGAUACCAACAACUGUGCAAAAAAUUAAAUAAAUUGCAGCUAGAAGAUGAAAAAGAAGAGCGUGUCAACUUAGAGAGAAACGUGCUCAAACCUUUGCCUCACUUCUCUGUACUUCAAGAGGAGGGAAAGAAAAUCGAUUUGAAGGUGCGUGCAUUUUAUGAGGGACGACUGACAAUAACAUCGCCUGAAGAUAAUGACAAGGAGUCAAAUAGUAAAGACGAUGACGAUUCUGUAUUACCAUUAACGGAUGCUCACACUCCCAAUGCACUUCGCCGCCGAAUUUUCUUGGACAAACUUAAUAAAAUAUUACCAGAUUUAAUGCGUACUUUAACGACCAAUGUGGAUACUUCUUCAAUGGCACAAUGUACUUAUGAUCAUGAGAGAUACUCAUUAAUCAAAAUGUUGAUUAGCACUUUUAAUUUAUCUGCUGCAAACAUUGUUUUUAAAAGUGCUGAAUGGACACUUGUGGGGCUUAUCAUGAUUAAAAUAUUAAGUUUAAUUGACGUACAAUUACAAUCAUUGCUCCAAUCUAAACAAGCCUCAAUGUAUACAUCAAUGAUUCUUAUGACGUAUAAAUUGGAUUCCAACUAUUUGGACAGACUCAUAAUGGAAAUAACAAAUACUGUAAAUACAUCUAAAUAAGAUAAUAAACAAUGUUAAUUGAAAACCUUGUAUAAAAUAACUUUAU